CAGACAAUUAUUAGUAUUUUUUAGAACAAGGUUCGCAGACAUUUAUGUGAAUUGAGAAAAUAAAAAUCUGCCUCCACUCCCUCCCUAGUCCGAUCUUCCGCCACCGUAGCAGCCCGAUUGAGCGCGGAAUCUUCUCAGCAUCGCUGCAAGAUUGACGGAAUCAUAUUCGUCGAAUUGUCGGAAUCGUCGCAACUUUGAGGUAAAGCCAUGGAAUUCAUUCAAGCAAGAGAUUGUCAAGCUGCACUUCAUGAAAUUGAACUUUUGUGAUUGAUGUUGAAUGUUUGAGAAUCAAGUGGAAUCGAGAUAUUUCAACUUUAGGUUGCCUUUUCUUGUGAGUGAACUGAGUUAAGAUAGUUCAUACUUGUGGGAUUUAAUCAUAUAUAACUAAAUGAUGCUUAAAGCAAAUUCAAUAGUCACUUCAAACUUCCCUCCUACUGUACACCCACCUCAAUUUGCGUUAACAUCCCAGUCAAUGUCAUGUUGUCUUCCAAGAUUACCGACAUUGAGAAGAUCCAAGAACAACAGGUUACAAACUAGAGUCUUUACCCAAUCACCCACCCAUGCAGUCCUCUCAGACCCAUAUGUCAUUCAACUUGCAGAGACUCUUGAAGAUUCACUAGAAUCAUCAUCAUCAUCAUCAUCAUCCCUUCUGCAGCAACUUAGAGACAUUUCCUCCCAAUCCCUUCUCUCCACCUCAUGGCCUUCACGCAAGGAUGAAGCUUUUAGGUUUACAGACACUUCUUUUAUUAGGAACUCUAAUAUUGAACCAGUACCACUUUCCUCUGAGUUGCUGCAGUUUUUACCAGUUUCCAGUGAUACUCUUUCUCCAUUAAGUGUUACAGUAAUUGAUGGAUACAUGGUAAACUCUUUGUCCCAGUUAUCUGUAUUGCCCAAUGGUGCAUUUGUUGGGUGUCUGUCAAGCAUCACUUCAGAGGCUACAAUUAAAAGAGUAUCUGAAUAUAUCUCCAAUUCCCAGGGCGGGGAUUUGUUUUGGUCCAUUAAUGGAAUGGGUGCCCCUGACAUGCUUGUUGUAUAUGUGCCCGAAGGGUGUAAAGUUGAGAGUCCACUCCAUUUGAAGUACUUUUCACUGAAAGGAAGUGAAAAAGAUUCUAAAGUUUUACCCAUUUCGAACCCUAGGGUGUUGGUUUUAGUGGAGAAGGGUGGUGAGCUUGGUAUAGUGGAGGAGUACACCAGUGUCGACGGGAGUGGUAAAUGCUAUUGGGCUAAUUCUGUGAUGGAAGUUGUAAUCGGGGAUGGGGCAAAGGUCAUCCAUUCUUAUAUUCAAACACAGUCCUUCGGCUCUGCACACAUUAAGUGGACUUCAGUUCGCCAGGAAACAACAAGCAUCUACGAGCUUGUAGAAGUAAGCACUGGCGGGAAAUUGAGCCGACACAAUUUGCUUGUGCAGCAGCUCGGGCAGGACACCGUGACAGAAUUAUCAACAUUUCACUUGGCAAGUGGUGACCAAACACAAGAUUUGCAUAGCAAAUUAAUAUUAGACCAUCCACGCGGUGUCUCUCGUCAACUUCACAAGUGCAUUGUGGCUCACUCCUCGGCGCACGCUGUCUUUGAUGGAAGUGUGCAGGUCAAUAGAGAUGCACAACAGACAGACGCAGGACAGCUAACAAGAAGCCUCUUGUUGGAGCCGCGAGCGACGGUGAAUGUGAAGCCAAAUCUCCAAAUCAUUGCACACGACGUCAAAUGCUCCCACGGAGCCGCGAUUAGCGAUCUUGAAGAAGACCAGCUUUUCUACUUCCGGGCCCGCGGCAUUGACAUCAGAGCCGCGAGAAAAGCUCUUAUUCUCUCCUUUGCUGCUGAGGUGAUAGAUCGCAUUUCGAACGCCAGCGUGAUGAAGAAAGUGGAAGGGCUUGUGAGAAAUUUGCUUGAUGAUCCCUCACUUUCUCAUUAUUUUUCUUAGUUGUACACUUGUAGUUAGUGUCACAUUUUAUUCUAUUACUUCUACAGUUCUACUACGAUUUUUAAUAAAAUGUGUGUUUCAUA